ACUUUCGCCACAUGGCUGGACAACGCAGUCACAGAAUCGGAGCUUCGGGGCGUCAUAGAUGUCAUAUCCAGGAGCCUGCUCUUGGCAGAACCAUCAGACAUCUCGCUUCUUCAAUACUUAACAUACAUUGCUCGCGCGGGCGAUGCCCAUCACCCUGGUAUCUGGCAAAGACUGGUCGGUGUCGAAGGAGGUGGUCAAGAAAGCCGAUUCUUUGAUGGUCCCCAAUCCAUCGCGAACAAAGUGGCCGAGGAUCUCAGACAGGGCGUCCACUUGAAUUCGCCUGUGCAAUCAAUCAGCCAAAAAGAGGAUGUCUAUCACGUUGCCGGCGAGGGCGGCACCGCCAAGGGCGCAAUGUUAUCAUCGCCAGGAUUACCUAUGAUCCUCCUCUCCCGGCUGCACGAGAUCAGGCUACUCAGCGUAUGCCCAUGGGCUCACUCGGCAAGGUCUUUGCCAUUUACAAAACGCCCUCUUGGCGGCAGUAAGGGCUUGAGCGGCCACGGGCUGGGCAUGCAAGGGUUCUCCGUUCAGAUAGCCUUCGAUUGCUCCCCCGAGGAUGGAUCAUGCGGCGUUAUUCUAGGAUUCAUGGAAGCGGACAAGAUGCGUUACUUUGAUGGGAAGAGGGAAGAAGAAAUCCAAGCUGUUGUUACGUUGAGAAAUGGGUCAUACAACGCUGGGACAACGAGGUCUUCUCUCGGGGCGGCCAUUUUGCCCUUUACCCACCCAAUGUCAUGACUCAGGACAGAGCCGGUCGGGAACAUUUACUUCGCGGGUACGGAAGUGUCUGCCUAUUCGAGUGCCUUUAUGGAAGGUGCAACCCAGGCGGGCUCGAAUGCUGCGAGCAAAAUCUGCCAGCAGCCA